AUGUCUUGCCGCGUGCAUGAAAGUCAAUUUCACAGUGCAAAUUUUUACGAAUUCGUGUCCACUAUGCAUCUCACAAUUAACAGCGCACCGACGCUUAGCAAUGGAAGCGGUGGAGGUGGUAGCGGAGGAGCUGUAGGUGGAGGAAACAAUGGACCCUCGAACGGGGGUGGCGGUGGUACCGGUGGCAGUGGAGGAGGCUUGAGUGGCUGUGCUCCCAAUGGCCACACUGGGCACCACGGUGGCACUGGUAGCGGUGGUAAUGGUGGUGGAGGAGGUGGUGGAGGAGGAGGAGGAGGAGGCGGCGGCACAGGAGGUUCCGGCAGUAACGGCACCGGCACCAGCGGUGGUGGCGGCGGCGGAACCGGAAACGCUGGCGGUACCGCGACCAAUGGCAACGGAUCGAGCACGGGUGCCGGCGGCGAAAGUGGCCCACCGUCGGCGGCCAGUAUCCUGAACGACACCUACACCAAAAUGACGUCGGACAUCCUGGCGGAACGGACGCUGGGCGACUUUCUGUCCGAGCACCCGGGCGAGCUGAUCCGAACCGGGAGUCCUCUGUUUGUGUGCACAGUGCUGCCCCCGCACUGGCGCUCGAAUAAAACACUUCCGGUUGCGUUCAAGGUCGUCGCGCUCGGUGACGUCGGUGACGGCACGAUGGUGACGGUGCGGGCCGGCAACGAUGAGAACUACUGCGCCGAGCUGCGGAACUGCACCGCGGUCAUGAAGAACCAGGUUGCCAAGUUUAAUGAUCUGCGUUUCGUAGGCCGCAGCGGCCGUGGCAAAAGCUUCACGCUUACUAUCACUAUAUCAACAAGUCCGCCGCAGGUGGCCACCUACAACAAAGCAAUCAAGGUGACGGUGGACGGACCACGGGAACCAAGAUCGAAAACAACAUCUUUCGUAGGACAACAGCAGCAGUUCCAUUUCGCGUUCGGACAACGGCCAUUCCACUUCCCGACCGACCCAUUGUCUAGCUUCAGGAUGCCGCCAAUAGGUAAUUGUCAGAAUAUGACCCAGUUCGGACUCAGCUCCACUAACUCACACUGGAGUUACAGUUCAACUGGCCCGUACUCGCCGUAUCUAACCUCCUGUACAACACCAACCGCAUCUCAGUUUAACAAUCCAGCACUCGGUUUCACUUGCAGCUCGGGUGAACAAAAUGGUGGCCAGGAGUUCUCUGCUGCGGCACGUGACUGCGUUACAAUGCUUCCGGACUCAACGGCGGCCGACCUAGACCAGCACCUGAGUAGCCUGGUGGGAGCGACUCAACAAGCCACAAGCCACAUGGUGCAAACUAACAUAAUUUCGGGCGGAGGCGUGACUAGCAAUUCGGGAAAUGGUGGUGGCAAUGGCCCCGGCAGUAACGGCAAUGGCUUAACCCCACAAAUCCCAACCCACAUUUCUAACGGGCUGAUAGUGCCACGGUAUGCGCAGACUGCCGGUGCCAACAACCACGCCGAUGCGUACGGACUUACCAGCAGCCAAAGUGAACCGCGCAGCCUAAGCGACUCCUCUCAGGCCGAGUCACCGGUGCAGGACGAUCUGCUCUCCUCCAACACACCCAACCUCGGCAGCAGCGGCCCCAGCUCUACCACGGGUGGCGGAAGCGGUGGCGUGGGCGGUGGUGGUGGUGGAGGAGGAGGCGGUGGAGGCGGCGGUGGGGGUACUGGAGGGAACGGUCAUCAUCAGAACUUUUCCAGCAUCGUAAUGAACCAGAGUAAUGGCGGUUCUAAUGCGUCUACGACAUCAAACUAUGUCGGCUCGAACGGCUCUGGCAGUUGCAACGGCUCACCGCUUUACCCCGUCCUUCCCGCCAGCCUGCUCUACUCGCAGCUGUACACGGCAGCAAAUCAAUCCGUGGGAGGAUUUGGUCAUUCGGUAAACCACCAUCACCAUCACAUCCAGUCCCCACACGGAGCAGCAGCGGCAGCAGCGGCAGUCGCGGUCGCAACAGGUGGCAGUCCGGGGCAGAACAGUGCGUCGGCGGCUGCCGCGACGGCUGCUGCGGCUGCAAUGCACGCCGGCGAACUGCAGAGCGUGAUGGAUCAUCUAACAGCCGGCACGAACCAGGCGGCUGCAGUGGCGGCGGCGGCCGUCUCUCACCGGCAUCACCACCAUCACCAUCAUCAUCAUCAGACGGGUGCAAACUUAAUCGGCGGUCACGGCCAUGGCAGCCAGGGCGGAGGAGGAGGCGGAAACGCCCAUCCCGAUUUGUCACUCAUUGGCAAUUGCGGGGCAAUGGCGCGCGGAGCACUGGACGAGACGGGCCAUCGUGUGCUAGGUGGAGGUGGCGUAGGCGGUGGACGCCUUGGCGGUCCACCGGGCGGCUCCGGACAGGUGGGACAAGCGGCCGACAAUGGUAAUUCCGUUUGGCGGCCGUACUGAAACCGAACUAUCUCAGCGGUGUCCAUGACAGUCACCUCCAUGGCAUCCAGCUCGUUUCCACCACCGCUCUCCUUCACGUCGUUUUCUUCCAUGUCCUCUUCCUCGUGCUCCUCCGCCUCCACCGGUACUUAUGGUUGACGGAAACCAGAUCAAACGGAAAGGAAUCCCCAAUUACUAGAAAAAAAACAAAACAGACGUUGAAGGUGAAAUAUGGGCACGGAGAAAAUCUUACCGUCCGUGACUGCGAUUCUGCUGGGAGUAAUAGGAAACAUGGUAUUACCGCAAUCGGAAAAGAAACAAUGACCUACUAGGUGUAUAAAUUAAAAAUGUCCGGUUUUUGUUUUCAAAUAUGAAAACACAUGAGUUUCCUAACUAACUACAACGUAUUCUUAUUCGAACAAGUGUCUGUACGGAUUUCAUAAAAUUCAUCAACUAAAUUGUUAAGGGUUCUAUUGAAUCUAUUUGCUGGACCAUAGCAAGUGCAUAGCCAUUGAAUCAAAGUCAAUUGAAUCAAGGACUUAUCAAGACCUAGUAAGGCUCAUAAGGCUUAUUGCAGAGUGUAUUGCGGAGUGUUCCUAGCGAAGGCUAUUUCUUGUUUUUUUAUUUAUUUCACGGGUUUAGUACUCAUUCCUUAUUAUUCACAAAGUCAUUUCGGUAAUUCCGAAAUCCGACGAACAAAUUUCCUUGGAUCCAUCGAAGAAGCAUACUUCAAAUGAUUCAGCAAUGCUACGUCUGCAUUUAGCUCAAUUUAUAUGUCACUACUUUUCCGAGCUUCUGGAUCAUUUCAAAAGCCUUUCCGAGAUCUAGGAUCAUUACCAAGCGGAAACAAAUUGUCACUAAAUAUACUUUUAACGCUUAUGCCAAAUUUAGUAAAAAAUAUUGACUUCCGUACCUAAAUUACGACUCUUGAACUGCAAGAAACCGAUAUCAAAUGUUGAUUUCUUUAGAAAUGUCCGCUUUCUUUUAAUGUAUAUCCAAUGCAGCCCUGCUAGAAGCACUUUAAACAUAACCGGAUAACUUAAAUUUAUACAACUGGUAUAAGUCAAAUUGUUAAAUUUAUAUUUAACACGCUUUUUGUAUAUACACACUACAUGCUAUACUACCCCGAUUGAUUCUGCACCUGUUGCAUCGGAAACAAAAAAAAAGCCAGCAGAUCUAUACUAGCAUAUAAAGAAGAAUAUCUGUAAUUAUAAGAAAGGCACGAUCUUCGCGAAACGAAUUACAUUGUCUAUUGCAGUGAGGCAGUCAAACACCAUCUUCAGGUGUAGAAUGUAACGGAGGCUAGUAAAAUGCAGUUAUAAUUAUUAUAUGUCCAAAGGUGGUAAACGUAGUAAAGUACAUUAGCAUGAUUCAUAUUUGUGGCGAGAUUGUAAAAUAAGCAGAACAGAACAGGUAGAUGUUGGCUGAUUAUUAGGAGAUCCGACAAAGUUGAUGGCAAUAUUAUUACUUGCUGCUAGAAGUAUUACCGUAAGGUAAAACAAAGUUGAAAGACAAAUAUUGCGAGCCGCCUCCUUCAAAAUUAAAAUGCAGUAUCAUCUAUGCAGGCCAGGUUAAUUGCUACAGCAGCAAAACGCGAGUUCCGAACAUUAACUUUACCUACCAAACAUUGUAGAGAAAUGAAUCGCGUUUCUCCCCAAAAUAGGAGUGUAGAUUCAUUGGCAAACAAAAUUAGUAACGAAUGUGUUUGCUCCUUAAGCGAUGAUUGUAUUUAAUACUGCUCAGCUCAAGAUAAAGGCUAAUGCAAACCAGUAAACAGAACCCAUAAUAGAACUCGCGUAAUGAAUCGGUGCUUUCAUUUGCCCAGUAGAA